AUGUCAGAUUUGACCUUCUGUUUUGGCUUCACAGGUGAUUUCUACUUCUACUCCCCUGAGAGACCACUCUCCUCCAUAAUUUGGGCGCGUGCAACCAAAGACUUUGCCAAGCUCACGGAUGUCAACCGCCCCUUGUGUGUUGCUUUAGGGCCAAACCUUGACUGGUUCUUUGGGUACCAAGCCAUAGAUGGGCAGAUGAAAUGGACCAGAAGGCGAGAGCAAGGUCCAAAUCUGAAACAUGGUUCUUUCUAUAAAUCAUGGUCAGCAAGACAAGCCGCCUAUGACAAUUUAGAGUCAUGGCUUCGACUUCAUGCAUCAAAAUCCUGGGAUAUGGCACAGACCAAAGUGUCGAUUGGUCCUAAAGGCAGCUGUUUUGCUACAUUCCCGGGUGCCCGUGCAACCUGGAGCUCGAUACCUUCAAGUCUGGAGAGACUUAUCGAUUUAGAACAGCCAAGCCGUACGCCGACGUUGGUCACGUUAGGUGUUAAAGAGACGUGGUUUGCUCUAUGGCGGGACGGAAAUGGCAGCUGCAAUUUGGAUUCUGAGUAUCAGAAGUUGGAAGAGCUGCUGAGAAGGCAUGGCAAGUUGGGAGUCAAUAGUAUCGCCCUCUCACCCAGCCAAUCAAACCAGUUCGCCGUCUCUUUCAGAGAUGGCUCCUCUCAUAUUCGCGGGCCUGUCUCCGAAGGGAACCUUCGCCAGUUGAACGCCAUCAUGGUCACCGCCGCCCAAUCUUCCCAACAACCACUUGCCAUGCAAGUUCAAGUAUGCGGCUUGCACACCUCCUCUCCACCAAUAGAGUUACCCACUCAGCUAUUGAACAUGUCGAAAAUUACAUUUCCAGGUUCCCCUGGAGACAGGAUUGGCAGGGAGUAUGAACCCACUGCCAAGGGAGUGCAGAAGCGAGCGAAGGCCGCAACGUUUGUGGCAAUCAACUCGUCAAAUUGUAUGAUCAUGUGA